CUUUUUUUUUUUUUUAUUCAACAACAAUGUGAUCAUGGCAACAAAGUCCAUUCCUGAAGAUUUUCACUAUUAUAUUCGAGUCGAUACUGAAGCUGCAUCGAAACGACGUCGACUGCAUACAUUGAAACAACUUCCAGUCAACUCGACAUGUGAAUCAACAACACUCACAGCACAACAGCUAGCACAUACUUGGUUGGCAACUCAUGAAGAUGACUCGUGUUCCUCUGAUCUACUAGCUACUAUGGCUCGUUUGCAACGACAAUUACUCUUUUCCAUUGAUGAAUUUGUGCUUGCUCUGAAUCUGUUCACCAUGUCACAGGCACAAUUGACUUUACUUCUGGUAUCCUAUUGGUCUUGGUCUCGAAAAGCAUAUGGAAUGAUGCCUUUGAUUUCUUUUUUACUUCCAUUACUUCAUCAGUCAUCGUCAUCCAUGGUUCUUGUGGCCUGUCUCCAAGAACUGGACAAUAUAUUGGUGGUACAAGAUUAUUUGGAAGCAAUCAUCACACUGAUGACAACAUCAAGUUCUUCUGUUCCUAUUGACAAAGCCAAGGUACAACAAUGGAUGCAACUUUUAUUUGAUCAAGAUCGUCUCGUUAUUUCAAACUAUAGUCCUGGUAUUGGAGACGUGAAAUGCUCAAGUGUCUAUCUGGCUUAUUUUGAUUUACUGGCUGAUAUGAAACGACUGAAGCAUUUAUCGUGGCAAGAAAGAAAACAAUGGAUUGAAAAGGAAUGGAUUCAUUGGAUACCUACAUGUCAUGAUCAUCAAAGUAGCUCCAGGAUUUCCAAAUGGAUACCAACCAAAUCACAACUUUUCUCGGAUCAAAGUGAAUGCGCUACUAUAAGUUUGUUACAAGAAAAGAACUCUGCAUGGCUAGAUGGAUCUCACAACACCAAUGAUGAUGACACCGUGAUACCUUUCUUUUCCUCUAUGUUUGAUUUCCUUAUGACACAGUAUUCAAAGGACAAGAUCCCAAAUUUGAAUGUGAUGUUUGGUAUUUUUGGUCAUAGUUGUUGGAAAUUAGUGAAAACGGGGCAAGAUUCGACUCAAAUCGUCAAAAUAUUGGAACAAGCACGUCAAGCUUUAUUACAGCAUAUACAAGGCCCUACUGAACCAAUUGCUCUUUUAUUAUCCAUGGUACAAAUAUCUCUACAUCAUUUUCAAACACUUUUGACAUACCCUCAAUGGUUUGUGUCAACGUUUAUUGAUCCAGAUACAUCUUGUUUGAAAACCAAACGCCAAAACCAGCUAUGGAUGAAACAUUUGGAAACAAUGAUACCUUAUGAAACGCCUGCUAUUCUUCAAAUUCAUACCAAAGCAUAUGCGGAUCAACGAAAAUCACCAACACCAUCUUACGUUUCACAAGCAAAAUCGAGAUUAUUGGCAUUAGGUAUAGAUGUGACAUUCAAGCAUUAUCCUACACUUCUCGGUUCCUGCAACGACAGCAGCAAUAAUAACAACAUUAAGGAUAAAGGUAAAGGCAAACUCGUGGAAUCUAGCAGUAACAAUAAAACAGUUUUGGGACAUCAACCAGAGGAUCUUCAGCGACUUGUUACUCAGUUUGGCGACACCAAUGUUAUCCCUCAGUCUUUAUGGGAAGAUUCGAUUUUUCGACCGAAAUGGUUCAAACAGACAUUUUUACCGGCAUUGAUGCUUCAUUGGCAACCCUCUGAUCGACUCACUUUGGAUAGACGAGAUCAACUAGUGGCGAUUUUUAACAACAAAGGGAAAAUACCGGCUUUACUCUAUUCACUAUAUACCUCCACAAAACAGGAAAACAAAAAAAAUAGUUAGAUAGACAGUUACUGGUCGUUCUUUUUAUAGUGAUUAUUUUUUGACAUUAUAGUUAUCUUGUAUCAAUAAACAAUUCUGAUAUCUCCAUAG